AUGGGAGAUAGGAUCCAGCGACAGGAGGAAACACUAGCCUUGAUGUUUGCCCAGAUGAACGUGUAUCAACGACUCGUCGAGCUAGACGCAAACGUCACGCAGCCAUUCCUCCCUACCUUUCUAACAGAUAUGCCGCCAAAAACCCCACAAGAAGGGACACCCCCCAUACCUCCACCGCGACCAUCACAUCUCGAUUCCAUGACGGUUCCUACCCCACAACCGUCCAAUUUGUUCAAAGGCACCUCAACGUCUUCCACUCCAGCAGCGACUCAUGAUGGUGUUUCCAUCGCACGACCAUUGCGUCCAAACACCCCUCCGGAUUACGUAUCGGAGUGGAACUUUAGCGACAAUCCCAACCAUCAUGCUGAAGGGCUAUCCCCGAUGACCACGGAAAAUGCGGUGCAGACUGAAACGCCUGGACACUUGGAUCAAUCAUCUCAGACCCUCGUAGAUCCAGGAGAAAGUGAGCCUGAAAGGAACAUCUCCCCGUUUCCUCCCGCCUUCUCCACAGCGCUCAUCGGGCCACACCGAACCAUCCCAGCAUACGUCGCGUAUCAACGACCACACCCCCAGUGCGUGUUCUGCGGACAGUAUACCUGCCCAUUUUCCAUUUGCGUAAUCUGUCAAUCUGUCCCCGCAUCCCACAACCCGAACGCAUGCCCUGUGUUGCUAUCCAACAGGAUGCGCUGCUACUACUGUGGAAAACAAGCACCUGGCCACACGAUAGAAGGUUGUCCCCACUCCCAUGACUUCUACGCUAAUUACGACGCACGCGAGGUAGCGUUCUCUUACCCUGACCCUCAAACAGACCCGUGA